AAUUUAAUUUUUUCUUAAAAAAUCAUAAUUAGUAUACAAUUGUAUUGUCUAUUGGAAUUUAAUUUGGUCGUUUAAACGACCAAAUUAAAAUACCAAACUACUCCAAUUAAAGUUAAAAGAUAUUGUAUCAAUUACAAUUUAACCCCUUGUUUUAUUUUUUAGUUGGAUUUUCUAACACUCAUAACCCUUGCAUAAGCAAUAAUAGGAUGUGACUUGCAUUGUCAAACAAAAUGUAUAGGAAAAUUAUAAAUUUGCACGGUUGGAUUAGUUCAACCAAAGCUUUACAGUAAUAUGGUCCUUUAAGCAAAGUGGGAUGCACCUAAUAGAAAGAACAGAAGUACAAAUAUUGUUUGUGGAUGUUUAUGAUAUUUAAGCCAUUUACCUAGUUAGAUCCUUAGGAUGGCACCAUAAGGAAUAAAUAAGAAGAUAAUAGACAGAUAAAAGAUCUAAUAUCUUUGUAUGCUUCUUAGUGCAUGAUUAUAAUGACCCCUCAACAUCGGAUAUAGCACAUACGCUGAAGCUAGUCUUAUACCCGGUUGGAUGUUUUAGUUCCAGCCAUAAUUGAAAAUGUUAAUAAUGGUCAUGUCUUCUUUCUCUUUCUCUUUUUUUUGGGGGGAGGGGGUAGGGGGUGUGGUACGCAAGCAUGCAAUGGAUGUUAAAAUUAUCACUUUAACGCCCUUUAUGCCAAUUUCUGAAAAUUAUGCCUUUAUAUAUUUGGGUGUCAUGCUGUUGAUUGUUUGUAGUGUAUUGAACUCUUCACAUGAUUUUUGAAUUUUUUCAGUAUCCAGACAAGCCAACCAAGCUACAAAAGAAAGAUGUAAAAGAACUGAUGGCUAUAUUAUCUCGCAUGUACCCUUGCAAGGAAUGUGCAGAUCACUUUAAAGAAGUUCUAAGAGCAAAUCCUGUAGAGACUGGUUCUCAAGCUGAGUUUUCACAGUGGUUAUGUCAUGUCCACAAUGUUGUUAACAGAAGCCUAGGAAAGCUGGUAUUUCCUUGUGAACGAGUUGAUGCACGGUGGGGCAAGCUAGACUGUGAGCAACGUGCAUGUGAUCUACAAGGGACUAUGACGAAUCUUGGCAAUGCAGCCCAUUAAAACGCUGAUAUUAAGAGCAUGUGAUCUACAACUAACGAUGUGAAAUUUUGGUGAUGGAGCCCUUUGAAGUACUGGCAUUUAGUACUGGGAGAUACAGAAAAUCAUCUGGUGACGGCAUUCUCUUGUGAUGUUGCAAACGACUACUUUUCACCAUUAACUUGUAUACCAAGAAAUGAGAUCGCGGACAUUUUUUCAUGAUGUUUCAGUUGGUGGAAGAAUGUAUGGUUCUUAACCAUCCUUAAGUCUGAGAAGGUGAUAUAACUAUGAAGUUGAUAAUUAAUGGUCUAGUGUGUAUAAAUUCUUUGUAUGUGUUCCCUUCCCUCUAUAUUAAGUUGUGACAUGUACUAAAACUCAGAAUAUUUUUGAUGUGUUUGACACAGCAUUACAAUGCAUUGGAAUCAUUUAUGUAUGUGGAUACUAAGCUGUGGCAUCUAGGUGUAGGGUAUUUUUUUGGUGACAGAGAAUCAUCUCAAUUAUGUCAUUUGAACUUAUAAUUGUUAUG